CCUGUCAGGUGUGAGAUGCCAGGAGACAUCCUGGUGGCGGCUCUUUCUGCAAUCAAGGACCGAAGCAUGUGAGCGGGAGCGCCAUGGAGGGUGCCGAUUACCAGUUGCCUUCCGCCAAUCCGGUUAGCGUGGCUCUUCCUUCCCCCUCCUCCUCGUCUUCCUGCGACGGAGCCGACGCCCUGGCCUUCAACGGGGAGCUGGACCUGCAACACUACUCCAAUGGGCCGGGGGGGUCGGGGGGCGAGGCCCGCCCUUACCCAUGCCCCAUCUGCGGCAAGCGCUUCCGCUUCAACAGCAUCCUGGCCCUGCACACGCGCAUCCACACCGGGGCCUACCCCCUCACCUGCCCCUACUGCGGCCACCGGGCGGGGCAGCGCGCCAGCCUGCGCCUCCACCUGCGCGCCCACUGCCCCGAGGCCCGGGCCCGCCUCGGCCACCAGAGCCGCCUGCUGCUCGAGCUGGAAGAACGGGCGCUCCUGCGGGGCCAAGAAGAGGAGGAGAAGGAGGAGCGGGGGCCCGCCACCCCUGCCCCGCGCCCGCCCCUGCCCACCUUCCGCUGCCCUUUCUGCAAGGGCAAGUUCCGUACGGCGGGCGAGCGGGAGCGCCACCUGCGCAUCCUCCACCAGCCAUACAAGUGCGGGCAGUGCCCCUUUGCCGCCACCCAGGAGGCCGACCUCCAGUGGCACAAUCAGCAGGCCCACGGCCUCCCCGCCAGCAGGCCCCCCACGCCUCCCGCCCCGGCUGCCGCCGUCCCGCCCACCCCUCCUGCCUCAACCCCUUCCGCUCCCCCAGCCUCCGCCCCGACCGAGUUCCGCUGCCAGGUGUGCGGCCAAGCCUUCACCCAGUCCUGGUUCCUCAAGGGUCACAUGCGUAAGCACAAAGACUCCUUCGACCACAAGUGCCAGGUGUGCGGGCGCGGCUUCAAGGAGCCCUGGUUCCUCAAAAACCACAUGAAGGUGCAUCUCAGCAAGCUGGGCCUUCAGGGCGAACAACGGGGGACGGCGACUGGACGGUCCCCGCAGAGCUUACUUGUGGGGUGUGAGGCCCUCUACCCUUCGCUCCUCUCCCCGCUGCCCACGGACAAGGCCGGCACGGGUAACUUCCUCGGCUACGGCGACGCCAGCUGCGCCGAGAGACUGCAGGCCACGGCCCGGGCCGUGGAGAGCAGCCAGCAGUGGCGGGAGCGCCCUUACGCGGGGCAGCCCAAGCUGGCGAGGGAGAACCCCGGGGGCCCCCAUCGUUGCCCAGACUGCGCGCGGAGCUUCAGCACGUUCCAGCAGAUGGCGCUGCACCGCCAAAGCCACCUGUCCCGAGACAGGGAGUGGAGCAAGGGACAGUCGCUGGGGUCCCACCUUCUCACCGGACACUGGCUGCCCGCAAACGUCAGGACCUCCACUGCGAGCAACACCAGCCCCACCCUGCUGACCCAAGGGGAAAAGGAUGUGCAGGGGCAGCCACGCCUGGACGGAUCCCGCCGGGGCACUGGGAAAGAUUGUCCGUUCUGCGGGAAGUCCUUCCGAUCAUCCCACCAUCUCAAGGUGCACCUCCGUGUCCACACAGGUGAGCGCCCGUACAAAUGCCCUCACUGUGACUACGCUGGCACUCAGUCCGGCUCGCUCAAGUAUCACCUGCAGCGCCAUCACCGGGAGCAAAAGAGCGCCGCAGCAGCAGCAGCCGCCGCCGCUGCAGGAACACUGGAACGGUGCCACAUACCCCUCGCUCCCACUGCGGCCUCCACCUUUCCCCCGACGCAGCUGGCCAAGAGCCACGGCCCCUUCCUACCCCUGGGGGGCUUGGGAGUCACCCGGUCCCGCCCUUCCCGCCGCAAGCCGCUGCUCAACGGGAAGGCCGACUUCCAGCCCUUGGACCUGUCCCUGCGGCCGGGUGUGGCCGGCGGUGCCCUCCACCGCUGCCAGUUCUGCCCCUUCGCCACCUCGGCUCCCGAGCUCAUGGAACUGCACCUCCAGGUCCACCACAGCCGCAAAGCCCGAACCCGCCGCUGCUCCCACACGGCCCCGAAACCCCGUGCGGCGAUGCAGGAGGAGGAGGAGGAGCAGGAGACACCCGAGCCCCCGAGCCCCCGGCUGAAAGAAACCGAGCCCCUCAGUCCGAAGGGGGAGAUGACCAACCUCCAGAAGCUCUGGCGUUUGGAAGACCAAGAUGAGCCGCCCGGCCCUGAGAUGCCUCGAAGGAAGCGGUCUGCUGGCAGAGGCGUGGUCGCCACCGGCCUGUCUCCCGGAGCCAAGCAGGAUUGGGACAGCCUGUCUCAUGACUCAGAGGAGCCGAUGCCCGAGGAGGGAUCGCCUGGCCCCCUGGUCCCGAAGGGGGCGGCGGCGGCGCACCAGGAGGCAUCUAAAGCAGGCCAAAGCCUCAUGGAGUUGCAGCUGGAGCCGGUGCAAGCUUGAGGAGAUCGACUCUGCAAUAUUUAAACCAGUUUCAAACCCGUUUAACUGUCGUGCCGACUCCUGACCCAAAGGGCUCUG